AAACCAGAAGAUGCUGAUCAUAGUUCACGUACUGCUCGUGCUCGAACUUGGAGGAUUCACAGCCGAUCCCAUCUUUGAGACACAGACUGUUGGUGUUGGACAGAAUGUGACUCUAACAUGUGAACGCCAGAAAACUUGGCAUCACGCAUACUUACACUGGAUCAGGCUUGUUUCUGGAAACUUUCCUGAAGUUUUAGGAGGAACAUUUGCCCUUGAUGUAACAGAUGUUGUUCAGACUCAUCGCAUAACGACAAAACAAGAGCCUGGAAAAUUUGUUUUGCAUAUACUGGAAACACAGUUGGGCGAUACUGCAAUCUAUUACUGUAUAAAAGUGGCAAAGUUCAAGAUGACGUUCUUGAAAGGAACAUUUCUGAGAAUUAAAGGACCAGAACCUGAUGUCACUGCCAUCACCCAAGACUCUCUGUCUGAUCCGGUCCGUCCAGGAGACUCAGUGACUCUGCAGUGUUCAGUCCUCUCUGACUCCCAGAACAAACCGUGUCCAGGAGAUCACAGUGUGUUCUGGUUCAGAGCCGGAUCAGAUGAAUCUGAUCUCAGUUUCAUUUACGCUCAUGGAAACGGUGGUGCUGAAUGUGAGACGAGUCUCGAGGCUCGAUCUCCACAGAAAUGUGUCUACAGCUUCUCUAAGAACGUCAGCUCCUCUGAUGCCGGGACUUAUUACUGCGCUGUGGCCACAUGUGGAGAGAUUCUGUUUGGAAAUGGAACAAAACUGGACAUUGAAGUGAUCGGCACGUGUGACAGUAUGAUCGUCCUUCUGUUGUGUGCUGCUGUGGCUGUAAGUCUGAUCGUGAUAGGCGUCCUUGUGUUUGCCAUCAAGAAAAAGUCUUGCGAUUGUUGUAAUGCUGUUGUCACGCCGCAAAUGAACGCUGCAGCGGUCAGGGGUGAUCAGCAAAGUCAGCAGAGAAAUGAGGACGCUUCGGUUUAUUAUAGACCAACUUUUAUUCAGAAGAAACCCAGAAAAUCAGGAAGAAGACGUGCAAGAGAGGAGGAGACGAUCUACAGUGAUGUCAGGAAUUUUGUGAUAGAUUAACAAUCUCAGCACUGGAUUGAUUGAUUGAAUAUAUUAAUGUGGAAUCUUCUAUUAAACUCACGGGACCUUGCAAAAUCUUAAAGGUCUACUGCAUAUUCUUUUUACAUUAUGCAUUUUUUGAAGUUUUGACCUCUUG